AUGCCGGGGUUCCAACAGGCUGAUUUUGGCGGUCAACGAAAUGUGGUCAGUGAUGCACAGUCACCAAAGUUGCCUGCAUUUGUUGAUGGUAAGAUCGAACUUGAUAGUUAUUUAUUGCGGUUUGAGAGGUUUGCUACGAAUGCGAGUUGGCAUAGAGAUGGAUGGGCCACAAAAUUGAGUGCGCUGUUGCCUGGUAGAGCACUGGAAUUAUAUUCCAGGAUGUCCGACACUGAUGCAGUUGACAAGAUACGAUUUCACAGAGGAUGGUUGUCAGGCACUGCAGCAACAUAUGAUGGUGUUACCGACUUGAUGGUGAAGGAGCAGUUUAUUGGUGCCUGUACAAGAGAUCUUGCAGUUUAUCUUAAAGAAAGAGCACCCAAAUAUUUAGAUGAGUUGGCAGUAAUAGCAAAGCAGUACCUAGUGGCACAUGGUCGACAGUUAUCCACGAAAGACCAGCACAAUGUCCAUCCCGCAUUACUGAUGUCAGCCAUGACAAAGGUGAACAGUGCCUUCAUGUGGCUAAGUUCUGCCAUAGUGGACAACACAGGGGUCAAGAAAGAAAGAGUGGAAAUUGAUACGCCAUAUUUGAGAGGCACGGUUGAAGCAUUAUGUGUGCAGGACCCAAUCUAUGAGUUAAUUGUUGGGAAUGUGCCCGGAGCAAGACCACCAAAUGACCCGGAUCCAGUGUGGAAUGUGAGUGGAUCAGUAACAACCAGCGCGCAAGCGAAGAAAUCUGGCACACCAGACAAAGUUUACAAUUUACUCAAUUGUGCUAUUGGUCCAGACGGCAACCAAGAUAAUAGUUAUCUAACAUUCCUGUCAAGAGGCGGUCUAAUGUUCGGUAUAAUUAAUGUGGUGGGUAACUUCGGCACAGUCUUUGUAGACCAGUCUUAUUGGCAAAGCAGCGUGGCAGCCAAACCAAGACAAGGCGUCUGGGGAUUUAUCACUGGUGGACUUACAUGGUUUGCUAUACCAUUCACUUUUGCCACUACUAUGGGACUGGCAUAUGUAGCUUUGAGCACAGCAAAUGGGGAAGAUCUAUUGACUGAGAGUGAAAUUAAUGAAGGGCUUGUACCCCCAACUGUGGCAUAUACACUCAUGGGCAAAGCUGGUGCUAUAUUGAUGACAUUGAUGAUUUUGAUGGCUGUGACGUCGACGGGGUCUGCAGAAGUUAUUGCAGUGGCUUCAAUCUUGGUAUACGACCUUUAUCAGAUACACUGGAGACCAUACCGGGCAGUGAAUGACACAAGGAGUUGUUUACUAUGUGGAAAGCAUCGUGACCGAACAGAGAAUAAAGAUGAUCAGUGUGAAUGCUACAGCAUGUCUCAGUGCAAAAGAUGUUGGAUAGAUGACAGCGAUCGCUCUAGUUCAAAGGCAGCAGUCCUACCUACAUUCAAAUGUCCUAUGCACGGUCCAUAUAGAACGUAUCUAGAAGUGUUGAUCGAAAAGAAGAACUGGUGUAUAUUUUGGGUAGCUAUUCUCAUUGUACCUUUGACUCUGCUCCUACAAGCCGCACAGGUUAGCCUUGGUUGGGUGUAUCUAUUCAUGGGUGUGGUUAUAGGGUCUAGUGUGGUGCCGAUAGCGCUGACCGUUUUCUGGACAAGGUUGAAUGGUAAAGCUGCAGUUAUAGGUACAGUUGGGGGCACACUAUGUGGUCUAACUGCAUGGUUAGUCACAGCAUCGACAUUCGAUGGUGGAUUGAGUUCGGAUGUGUUUCUGAAAAAUACAGGUAAAAGAACGCUGAAUUGAAGUGUGCUUAUUAAAUUCCCUGUUAAUGAAUUUUAUAGUCUGAGCAUGAAUAAUUCUAAUAUUCUUCGAGCAAACACAAGCACAUUGCAUGUAAAUACUGAUCACACAUGUUUACUAAAUAGAAUUAAGGAUUUGCAGUGGAUUAUAAGCCUUAACUCACUCUUUGGAAUUGUAAAAUUAGCAUAAAACAAAUCAUGCAAAUCUCUAUAUCAUAUAUUUAGAAAUCGAAUAAAAAUGCCGAAAUCUUCAACUGAACAAUUCCCCUGUUGAAUAAAUACAACUAUAAUAAAUUAGAUUAGGAUUUCUCCGCAAUGUUGGUCGUUGAAGAACUAGUCUUUAAGUUCAUUUCGCCCAGCAGGCUGGAGACUGGGAAUGGAUUUCUAGAAUACACUUCAUCUAGUCAUCUUAUUCUCACAUUGGCGCCAUGUUAUUCAAAGUUAGCUCGCAGCACAAGUUCGUAAUGUCGGUAUUUUGAGUCCACCCGUUGCCUACCAUACUCGAGCAUCUUUUGAUGGUUAAGACAGAAAAUAAACUUGUUUGGUAGAUUAUCUUUCAAGGAAUUCACUCCUUUAUUUUAUGACCCAUAAUCUGCUGAACUUGUUUAUUAUUCAUUAAAAUAAUAAUGUGUAAUAUCUAUUAAUGUUCUUGUGUUGUUUAAACCCUUAGGGCAGGAACUCAGUAUGUUGAAUGGCAAUAUCAUGGCAAUACUGACAGGCGCUAUUCUAACUAUCGC